AUGAAACCCGCCUCAACACCAAACCAAAUAUCUCGAGCAUUCUCCAAGCCGAGGGUUGACGCUCCUGUUGACGAGCUCGGACGCCUUUGCAUCCUCUUCGGCCUUCCUCUGCUUACCGGUGCCUGGGUUGGUAGCGAGACGCGCCAAGUUGGUACCAAGCCGGCAGAGAGUGACAAGAAACGCCACGUUCCUGCCCUUGUACUGUUUGUUGCAACGUCUUCUCAUCUCUUCGACUCCAGGUCUCAUGCUUCUGAGUCGCAAUUGUUGACUGAAAGCGGUGACAGUACUAAGUAA